AUGAUGAUGAUGAUGAUGAUGAUGACGAUGAUGAAGAUGGGCUGUGCUGCUCAGGAACAGCUGCAGAAGGAUGAGGACAUGGCUCCAGACGUGUCAGACUUUGAUUUAAACUUUGCUCCUCCCAGAAUUCCACGACAGGUGAAAACAAUCUUAACAAAGGAGACCAAACCUCACAUCCAGGAACUGUCCAUCAGAACCACCAUCAUCUCUCGUUACGCCUUCACGGCUGUUUACUGCGUCAUGUUGAACCGUCUCAGCGUUGCCGCUGACGCCACCUUUCACUUCCACAUUCCUGCUGAUGCUUUUGUCUCCAACUUCACCAUGUGA